AUGCCACUGAACACAGAGCCUUUCAUUGUUAGUGCUCCAGGAAAGGUCAUAAUAUUUGGUGAACACUCGGCCGUAUACGGAAAGCCGGCAAUUGCAGCUGCAUUGAGUCUAAGAUGCUAUUUACUUGUCGCACCCUCUAAAGAUACAAACACUAUACGAUUACAAUUUCCAGAUAUUGAGCUUGAUCACUCUUGGGAUAAAAGGUCAAUCCCUUGGAGCAAUAUUCGAAAAUCUUUAAAGUAUGACGAAAAUGGGUACCCAAUACCUCCUUCGGAAUUGGUUCCAGAGAUUGUGGAGAAUUUGUCUGGUAUGCUUGGUGGGUUUGAAGAUAAUAACGUUCACCACCUUGCCUGUUUUUGUUUCAUUUACUUGUACGUUUGUCUUUGCAAAGAAAGCUGUUCUGGUAUGACCUUCAUAGUCCGAUCUACCUUACCAAUUGGUGCUGGCUUGGGCUCAUCUGCAUCAACUGCAGUUUGUCUUUCUGCUGCAUUGUCGAGAUUAGGCGGUUGGAUUAAUGACCCGCAUGUACGUGAGAGAGAUGCUACACCGAAACAAGAUAUACCUGAUCUUGAAUUUAUCGAUAGGUGGUCUCUUAUUGGCGAAAAGUGUUUCCACGGAAACCCUUCAGGAAUUGAUAACGCAGUUGCCACGCACGGAGGAGCAGUGAUGUUUCAAAGAUCUUCAGUGCCAGAAAAACCAUCGGUUCGAACAAAUAUAAGAACAUUACCUCCAAUCAAGUUGUUAUUGACCAACACCAAAGUCCCAAAAAGUACUGCUCAAUUAGUUGGUGGUGUUGGAAAGCUAAAUAACAAAUAUCCUUCUAUUUUAACACCAGUUUUAGACUCCAUGGGAAGUUUGGUACAAGAAGCAUAUCGUGUCAUGAUUCAUCCCAAUUUUGGUACCAAAGAAACUGCAAUCUUACGUGAACUAGUUAACAUCAACCAUGGUCUUUUAGUAGCAUUAGGAGUUUCGCACCCUUCAUUGGAGAAAGUGAAAAUGAUUGGUGAGGAGAUGAAAAUUGGUGCAACUAAAUUAACUGGAGCUGGUGGCGGAGGAUGUGCGAUCACAUUGGUUAAUGACGGUGUCGAGGAACCGGUGAUCCACCAAGCAAUGUUGGAGUACGAGCGUCAAGGGUUUGAAAGUUUUGAAACCUCGUUAGGAGGGAAAGGUGUUGGAAUGUUGUUUCAACUGGAUUCUGCGGAUGAUAAAAAGUUCUCACAGGAUCUGUUUUGCAGUUAUGCUAACCGUUUAGAGAUUGAAACUGCGCUUGCUGUGGAGAAUGUGGCUGAGUGGAAAUUUUGGUAA